UUAUCGUGCGGUCCCGCUGUUUCUAUUGUUUACAAAAAAUCUACGAUCAUGGAUCCAGCAACGAUUGAAUUUAUUGGCGAAAAAUGCAUGAUAAGCAUUAUACCGAAUUUUUCAAAUGAGCCACUGCAUCUUAUCUAUGGCUCUGUGGGCCCAUUCCGUGCUGGGUUUCCGGUUUUUGUUCCAUUAUGGCUGGCAGCGCAUCUGCGAAAACAACAAAAAUGCCGCAUUGUGCCGCCAGAAUGGAUGGAGCUCGAAACGUUGGAGGAAAUCAAAGAGGAGGAGAAGCGUUCCAAAUUCUUCACAAAGAUGCCCAGCGAGCAUUACAUGGUAGUUGCUCAGCUGGUAAUGAGCACAGCGCCCGAUGAUGUGCCUCGUUGCGAGGAGUUGCGCACAGUGAUUAAGGAUAUAUUUGAUAUACGGGAAUCGAAGUUGCGCACCUCUAUUGAUGCAUUCAUUAAGGGGGAAGGCACUUAUGCCAAGUUGGACAACUUGACGUUGCUAGAGAUGCACAGUGUCCGCCCUAUUUUGCCUUAUUCCCUGGAUCACAUUGCCCGUUAUCAGAGAAUGGCCACCGCAUCACAGCGCGACACAUCUAUGCUGGGCAUGAACACUACAAUCAGCGGAAGUGGCAGUGGAAGCGGUUCCAUGAGCAACUCCUAUUUCACGCAGUAAUACUUUAAUAGUUAGUGAUAUUUACAGUUGUAGUUAGUAAGAUAUAUGUGUAUUAAAAUCAGAAUCCGAUUAACA